AUGCCCGUAACCAUUCCAGUCUUCGUCGCCGCCUUCUUCUUCAGCAUCAUCCACUUCUCAGUGUUGUCGGCCUCUGGAGAUGCUUCAGCCGUAUCGUGCGGUGGUACGUUUGACUUGAAUUCGGAAACUCACAGCGUCCUCAUCCAGCAGCUGAUCUCGAACGAAGAAGACAUCGAAGAAUGCCGCUUCCGCUUCAGGUCUUCCGCGAAGCUGCUGCUGAUAGCGUACGACAACACUGCGAUGAAGGACAAUGCCAUACCAGGUUUUCCCGUAAACGUUUACGAUACGUUGCUUGUCGAAGACGGAACGGUACCGGUAAUGUCGCUGAGCGGCCAUCACGAAACAACGCUGGUCCCACUGCUGUCCACGGAAGCCCUGAUAGUCUACAAGCCGCUGUACGGAGGCAGCCCGUAUAAAAUUACCGUAAACUGGACUGUAUCGGUCACGGAGAAAGUAUCGGGAACGUCCAAGGCAAGCCUAACGCUCAGCGACAAUAUACCGACGAGAUACGGUGUGCUGUUUAACGAUAACAUCCCGUACGGUACGUACGACGUGGAUAUCAUCGCGAACCGUGGUGGUAUAGUUGACAUUUCUUGUCUCGCACCCGAUAAUGCUACCUGUAAUUAUUCCUUAUCGACGGUGGACGGCUCUGACGCUUCGCCUAAAGACGGUGGCAAGUGCAGCCUGUCUGCUGGCGUAGCCACUACGGUUUCAUUUCAACCACAGCCCUACGGUGUCCUUUCUGUCACGUGGCCUUUUGAUUUUGAGCCCUCUAGAGGUCCAGGAAGGCAGCUUGGAGGACAGGAAGCGACGGAAGGACCACGUGAUGAUAGUGGUGACGAUGCCGCUAUUGAUCAGGCCUACUUGGCUGUCUUGGGCAUUGGAUCGACGAAGCGUCCAGCCGGCACGGGUGUAGCGGAAGGAUCACGUGACAGUGACGUAGGAAGUGAACGUGCGGAAACUGCCAAUUACGAUUGGUCGAUGCCUCUCAGCACUGAUAGUAUCAGUUCCCCCCGUAUUCCUGCUGGCAACAUUAUUAGUUCCGAUAGUUUCGGUUAUGGAUCGUCGGAAAGUCCGAUGGAUGGAUGGAUGGAUGGUCCGAUCGCUGUUGGUGAUAACGAUGUUGAUAGUGCCGCCGCUUUAGCGACGAGUUCUCAAGUAACUGGCGACGAAAGUGCCAACGGUAACCCAAGUCCCGCAGAUCAUAUUGGAGGCGUUGUUGCCGUGAGCUUUGGAGGGGAUGAUACAAGGCCUAAUGGCGAAUAUGCCCCGGCUGAAGCCGGAGUCUUUUUCACAGAUGCUAACGAUGAACGUGAGGAUGAUCAGAAAAAUGGAGUGUGGGAUAGAGUACAGGGUUGGAUCGAUGAUGCUUGGAAGAGAACUGCGUUAAGUGUUAUGUGGCUGAAUGCUUGGCUAAAAGCACAUUUGUACCAAUAAGGCUGGUGUCCAUGCUUCGUGACUUGGACUAUCCUCAGUGAUGCACCUACACAGCAAGUUGAGAAGUUAUAGUUGAGAUGCCUGGCUCCGUUCGAAUUGUUAUUCUCGGUUGACGCCGAUUACCUGGAAAUUGUCCCCGUUGCCAGUUCUAAUGGCAGCUUCCGUGCUUCCAUGAAGAACGGCGCAAUUUCUGUGAAGUACUCGCUUCAAGUAGACGUACUCUUUUUCUUGCCAAGGGCAAAACGCUAUUAAAACAACAAGUAGUUGCAGUGCGAUCGGCAUUGCUAAUGUAGGGACUUUGCGUUUAUAUAUAUAUAUACGUAUAUGGAUCCGGGAGCCAUAUU